AUGUCGCAGCUCAUUCCAAGUAUCACACCCCAUCGAACUUUUAAACAUCAUACACAAUGGAUAUGCGGUGUGGUAGCUUUCCCCGAUAGACGACGGAUGGUCACAUGCUCGUAUGACAAAACAGUUUGUCUGUGGGACGUCAAGUCAGGUGUAGUGUUGAAGAAGAUGGAGGGGCAUGGUAGGGAAGUGCGAGCAUUGGCGGUAUCACGAGAUGGGAAAAUCAUAGCAAGCGGCGAUAUUGGUGGAGAGUUGAAUGUCUGGCACGGAGAAACUGGGGAAUCACUCGCCCAAGCCAUCAAAGACCACUCCAAUUGGAUCCACUCGCUGGACUUUGCUCCCCAUGGAAAAGUGCUGGCCACUGGUUCAUGGGACGGAACAACAAAGCUGUGGAACACGACAACAUGGCAGAUAGAAGGGAAUCCAGUGCAGUGUAGUGGUUCCGUCUACGGCGUUCAGUAUUCGCCGUCUGGCGAACUUCUUGCCAUCGCAACAUCUAGCAAUAUCGAAAUUUAUAAGUCAGGCACGAGGGAACGCGUCGCAAUCUUCAAGGGUCACAUAUCAACGAACCACACUCUCGCGUGGACGCUUGAUGGCACACGACUUCUCUCAGGGGGCGAUGAAAAGGAUCCCACUAUACGGGAGUGGGAUGCAUCCACUUGGACGCAGGUCGGUGGUCCCUGGAUGGGCCAUACUAGCUAUAUCUUCACCAUUGCCAUUCAUCCUGCGGGCAACCACGUCGCGACCGCAUCUCAAGAUAUCCGUCUUUGGCGGCUCUCAGAUCAACAAACCAUCGCCAUCUUCCAGCCCUGGCCGGGAUGUGUCACUUUCUCCAUCGACGGCAAGCAGAUCUUCAAUGGAGGUGACAAUAACAUGAUCUCAGAGUGGGAAACACCCAAGGGCAUCCUCUCCGUCAAUAAAACUGCCCGCGAUGCAUGCAUCGCAGGGGACAUGUCCACCGCUGAAGAAGUAUUCACACGAGAGAUCGACGCCGACGCAAACAACUACACAUCAUAUGCCAAUCGUUCAUUCAUUAUGGCGCGAAAACAUGCCUGGGAUCACGCGCUUGAUGACGCAAGCAAGUCCGUCGCCAUUCAGCCCUCCUUGACAGGUUAUAUCUCCCAAGGCAUCGCCCUAUGCGGAAAAGGUCUGGUCUGGGAUGCGAGGACAGCGUUUGACCUCGCGUUCAUGUUCACGGACGAAGAUUCAACAAUUACUCAUUUCCUUCUCUUGGCUAUCACUAUUUUCAACGCAGAUGAACAUCAAGAAGCAAUUCACCGUGUCCGGAAGUUGGCUGCCGCUUGUCCGAAUAACGACACUCUUGCUUGUCGUGUCGUAGAGGCAUAUCUAUGUGUUCAGCUUGGAAGUAAUGCCGCGAACCAUAACGAAGCCGUUGACUACUUCACUGCUGCUGUCAAUGCUAGCGCUUUUUCGUCUACAUUGCCUAUUCAUUCUAUAUAUGGGGACCUGGUAGUGCUCUUUGGAUGGGACCUAAAGUCCUUGUGGAAAAAUGCACGCCGGAAACAGUGCGAUGCACUCUGCCGGGCAGGUAGACAUGAAGAAGCUGUGAAAUCCUACCAACACAUGAUGGAUAUGAGUGACGAAAAUACAAAGGCUAGCUGCCUUGACUGGUCCAAUGCUUUCGCGCAAGAAUACAGUGCACCCUAUAUUGUCAACGGAGAUGCUGCCUUUGCUGCAAGCGAUUACGACAAGGCUAUUAAAUUAUACACUGUGGCAAUUGACCUUCAUUUUGCAAGAGACACCAUAUUUGCAAACCGCAGCAAGGCCAGGUUAGAAAAGAUGCUAUGGGGGGAUGCGCUUCUCGAUGCGCACCAGGUUAUCCAACUCAAUCCUUCAUCGCACGUUGGAUACGAGCUCAAGCAUGCAGCGCUUCAUGGCGCACAGCGCUACGAUGAAGCUAUCGAGGCCUUUGACAUGAUGCUAUUGAAACUGGACAGUGCUACUGACACGCAAAUACGAAACAUUCGCCAGAAGUAUAUUAGUCCUUCCGAUGCAGAAAAUGCCAUUCGAAAGGUCAUUGACGCUCAACUCGACACCACCCCGCUUCGUCUACUGAAUACCACUGCCGGACUCUUAUGUGAUCGAGGGGCGCAGAUUAGCACCUUCAAGAAGAGCACAGAGUACAAUGACCUUCUGUUGUUCACUAUGAAGAAUCCAGACCUCCAUCCUGAGCGCAUCGCGGAAACAGUGACAACGUACUUCCGUUGUGUCAUGUUGUCGCAUAGGUGGGAAGGCACGGAGCCGCUGCUGCACGAAAUCAAGGACAAGGUCGUGUACGAGUUGAACGCAGCUGGAGGUCUGGUAAAGUUGCAGUCAUUCUGCAACCUUGUUCGUAGCAAGACAGAGUAUCAUUGGGCAUGGGUUGAUUCAUGUUGCAUUGACCAGACGAACAAUGUCGAGCUCCAAACAUCACUCGACUCCAUGUUUGCCUGGUAUCGCCAUGCAAAGCUCACGCUUGUUUAUCUGUCGGAUGUUUCGCCUUCGCCCCAGCCUGGUGCACUAGCGAGGAGCGCUUGGAACACCCGAGGAUGGACUGUCCCAGAAUUCCUGGCUCCUAAAGUCAUUCAAUUCUACCAACAGGAUUGGACUCCAUACAUGGACGACUCCUCCCCCAACCACAAAGAGUCUUUCGAGAUCAUGCGCGAAUUGGAAGAUGCGACGGGCAUCGAAGCACAGACCCUCGUCGCCUUCCAACCGGGGAUGAGAGAUGCGCGAGAGAAACUCCGAUGGGUGUCUGCGCGCAUCACCACUAGGCCGGAAGAUAUUGCAUACUCAUUGUUUGGUAUUUUCGGUGUCCGACUUCCUAUCCAUUAUGGCGAGAAUAAGCAAAAUGCACUCGGGCGGCUCCUACAGGAGAUCGUGGCUCAGUCGGGCGAUAUUACUGCCCUCGACUGGGUCGGGCAACCAUCCGAGUUCAACAGUUGUCUACCAGCCGACAUCAUCUCAUACAAAACUCCACCAUGUAAUCUUCCAUCUUCAUCCGAAGAUGAAAUUCAGUUAUCGGUCUCCUCGCUGCAAGGUGUCGCUGUGGCUUUAGAGUCGGCUUUGAGACUUUAUCAGACGCUUGACUACCUGAACGCUCCACGUUUCGCGCAUUGCCGGUUGCAUCUUCCUUGUAUUGUAUUCCCUGUUACAGAAGUCAAGCGGCGGUCUGGUCGAGACCAGGAAGAAUAUACGUACGGAGUCAAGGCAGAUGGGCUUCACGACCUGCAGAUCACCACGAAACACAAGUUAAUUCAGUUCUCGCGGACAAAGCCCACUCGACAGACAUUCCUGCUUGUCCGUCCGUGGGAUCGAUGCCUCCUCGAGCAUUCUGAUUUCGCAGAGCAGCCUACCUUUCCGGAUGAUGCGGAGAGCGUGGGAGAUUGGUCCGAUCCCGAGUCUCCGUUGGACGACUCGCUCGGCAGUUCUCCUGUAGAACAGGAGUUGGUUGAUUCGGAAUCGCACUCGCGAGCCUUGCGAUUGAUGGUUCGCCUUGGGCAGCCGUUCGGGGCAUUUUUGCUAAUGCGGCAGCCUGGUGGAGAAUACAAGAGGAUCGCAUCAGAUCACAAUAUCAUCGCACAAGUCAAAGAAGUGACUUCUGUUCACAAUAUGACGGGCGUCAGAAUCCUGGAAAUAUUGUAACUGUACCUUUUUUUCAAGACCGGAGCAAUUUUUUCUCGCCUAGUACAAUUAUAUUUCACAACAGAUGUAUGUUGCAGACCAACCAUUCAUUUCAUCACGCACUCGUACUUCUCUAUCCUACAUCAUUUAUGCCUUCUCACCUUCCCCCCACCACCCCGCAUUCACUCGACACCUUCGCGCGUCUUAACCAAUCACGCCUCCCCUUCGUUAUGCCUACUACGAGCUGUAGUACACGAACCGAUGCCACAUUCAGUUAUAUACCGUGACUUGAACGCCGAUAGCCAUUUCCAUGACCUCCUGGAUGUCUCAAGUAGCGGCUACAAUUGUAUGAGGCGUCGUUUUUUAAAGUUUUACUGUUCUAAAUCCUGUCAAUAGAAUCCACACAAAGCAUCAAUUCAACAAUUCAUAUC